AUGGCGACAUUUUCUUCACCAAUCCUGCUGGGCGCGGAGGGAGCAGGGCAGGACCUGUACGCACUGUUGGAUGUAGACCACUCAGUGGGAGUGGAGGACUUGCGGUUGGCCUACCGCCGGGCCAUCCGCCGGGCACAUCCAGACAAGGGCGGAAGCUCCGAAGCCUUCCUCGCAGUGGCGCGCGCGUUUGAUGUGCUGUCGAAUCCAGCCACGCGGGUCUCCUACGACCAGGAGCUUGCAACAGAGACACUUCAAAAACGGAUCGGGAAGCGAAGCCGUGAAAAGAAGCGAGGCCGUGAAGCAGUUCACAGCCAGUCUACGUCUAUAGAAUGCCGCCUGCAGGAAAAAUUGUCGAACCUUCGGGAGGUGUUGCAGUCAAUGGAUGCCUCGACCCGAAGAACAUCCAUUUCAAAUAUGUCUUCGAAAAUUCGUGUAGUUUUGAUGAAGCACAUGGAAGGCUCUGAGGAUUCUCCUGCCGAUCAAGUAGAUCGAAGCAGCAGAAAACUUGGAUCCAGUUCAAUUCGACUUCGAGCAGUUGCGAAAGGUACCACUGGAGGUACCGCUGGUUGCAAGUACAGUGCCCAAAUGGACAUCGAUUGUCUUCGCACCUACACUCGACAAGUUGCUUUCGACCUGGCCAUUGAGCAUCAAUUGGUCCUCUCAGACUUGCGUGAUAAAUUGGUGGCAGCCAGCGAGAUGAAUGCUUCCAUUUGGUCCCCACCCUACAAGGAAACUUCUGCUGUGGCACUGGUCGAUGCUGCUCGGAUGGACUUCUUACAGCGGAAGUUCCAGACCGUUGUCAAGCAGGCUGGGGCCAGCUGGGGCCAGCUGGGGCCUGGUGAUGCAAUCGACUUGGUGUUUGACAAGAGUUUGGGUGGAGCCUCCAUUGAAGGCACAGGGCAGCUGCCGGAUGGCCAAAGCGCUUCAGCAGUUUCCAUGGUGCAAAUUGAGCUGCAGAUCUACGUGCCAGGUGUAGCUGCUGUGGAUGUCUCAAUAGAUGACAAAGAGGAUGUGUUGGACUUGCUCCGUGUCGCGAACACUGCGCUGCGGGGCAGAGUCAAAGACAAAGUGGUGCAGCUGAUCCCUCCACGGGCAGCUCGGCCACUGCGCCCCGGGCUGCCGUUGCGGCGCUGUGGGCUGCGCUGUGGAGACGUUCUCACAGCUCCACGCAGAGCUGUCCCGGAGGUGGUAGUCACGGAGAAGACCUUUGCGGCCAUCACUCCAUCGGGAGGAGUCAUUGCAUGGGGCGAACCUGAAGUCCCAGGCAGUAGCACAUCUUCUGUGGCUGAACAGUUGCAGAACGUGAUUGAAAUCACACCCAGUGAUUCAUCCUUCGCAGCUUUAAAGGAGGAUGGCUCAGUGAUUUGCUGGGGAGCGAAUGAAACCUUUGAACCGAACUUGAAGCAGGUGCUCCGUGUCUUUGCCGCGUCCGAAGCUUUUGCUGCGCUUUGCUGCGAUGGCUCUGUCUACUGCUGGGGGGACCCUCAUCGCGGUGGUGACAUGAGAGGGCAGGCAGAACAGUUGCAGUCUGAAGUUGAGCACAUUUUCGCCACCGGUUCUGCCUUCUGUGCACUGAAAGCUUCUACUCCUUCGGGCCGCGGUGCUGUGGUUGCUUGGGGUGAUGUCCUCCAGGGGGGCCGAACACCGCAAGGGCUCGAAGGGGUAAGACAUGUCUACUCAACCAGAGGAGGAGCCUUUGCAGCUGUCAAGGAGGAUGGCGAGGUGGUGACAUGGGGUUCCAGUGUGGAUGGUGGCGACAGCAGCCGGGUGCACGAGCUGUUGAAGAGUCGAGGUAUCAGGGACAUUUACUCCACCGAUUCAGCCUUUGCGGCAAUCACAUUUGAUGGUGGCCUUGUCUCCUGGGGCAACGCCCGAUUCGGUGGGGUUAGUCCCGGGACCGACGAUGUGGCCAGACGAGGUGGCGUGGUCCAGUUGUGUAGUUCUUCCUGCGCCUUUGCAGCGCGUUGUGCAGACGGUUCAGUCCUCUGCUGGGGCAUUGCAGAAUGGGGUGGUGAUUGUCGAGCCAUCACUGAAGAUCUCAAAGAGGUUCGCUGCCUCUAUUCUUCGCGGCAAGCCUUCGCCGCACGCCGGGUGGACGGCGCCCUCUUUUGCUGGGGCGAUGCUGGCUCCGGGGGCGAUACCGAGGAGGUUGAGUCACAGCUGAUGUGUGACAUAGCUCACGUGCCUUGUUCUAUUCUGCUUGUACUCAAGCUAAGUUGUACUGUCUACUCCUCUGGAAACGCUUUUGCUGCGAUAUCACUAGACGGCCAGCUGGUCCUGUGGGGAAAUCCCAAGCAGACACGGUUGGAAGCAAUCGAGUCUUUGCAUGGCAAAAUUCUGCACAUCUACGCGACGAACAAUUCUUUUACUGCCUUUACCGCUGAUGGCACAGGUGUAGCAUGGGGUGCCGUAAAUGAAACAAUUUCAAUGUUUUCGGAAAAAAUGCAACAUUUCUACGAACAAUAUAUGAUACAAUACGAUACGAUACGAUAG